AGUGCGAGUCGUGGAAUUCUCCUCCUUGGGGUGCUGAAGAUGUUGCCCAAGGUGAUCUCCAAGCUGCUGUGUCUCUCUGGGCUCCUCCCACGUCUCUUCUCCUUCUCCAGCUUGGCCUCUCACAGCCUCCAGGAGGUGGUGGAAGGUCUCACCACCAACCCUGAGCUCCGAGCUGUCCUCAGCUACCUCUUCCCCACCUAUGGUGUCCACCCCUCCAAGGCCAGUUUCUCCAUGCACAGCAUCUUGGUGAACCAUUUUCUUCAAGGAGCUUGGUACCCUAGUGGUGGCCCUGGAGAAAUUGCUUUCCACACCAUCAAGGUCAUCAGGAGAACUGGAGGAAAUGUCUUUGGGAGAGCUCCAGUGGAGAAGAUCCUCCUGGACCCUCAGGGAAGAGCUUGUGGUGUGAGUGUGAGGAAGGGGCAGGAGCUGGUGGACAUCUUUGCCCCCGUGGUCAUCUCCGACGCUGGAAUCUUCAACACCUAUGAGAAGCUUCUGCCGGCGCCGGCGAGAGCUCUGCCAGAGAUCCAAUCCCAGCUCAGCUUGGCCACCCAUGGCCAAGGAUGUCUCAGCGUCUUCGUUGGCCUCAAGGGCUCCAAGGAGGAGUUGGGACUCAAGGCCACCAACUACUUCAUCUACCCAGGGCCAGACCUGGAUGGGAUGAUGAAGUUCUACUUGGCUUCCUCCAGAGAAGAAGCUUCCAAGAACAUCCCUGUCCUCUUUGUCACCUCUCCAUCGGCCAAGGAUCCCACCUGGGAGAUGAGACAUCCAGGGAAGUCCACGUUGGCCAUCGUGAGCUUUGCCAAGUAUGAGUGGUUUGAGGAGUGGAAGGACAAACAGGUCCACAAAAGAGGAGAAGACUAUGAAGACCUCAAGAAGACCUUUGUGGACACCAUCAUGGAGAUUGUCUUCAAGCUCUACCCUGGCAUUGAGGACAAGAUCGACUACAUCUCUGGUGGGACACCCUUGACCAACCAGUACUACAUUGGGAGUCCUCGUGGAGAACUUUAUGGAAUGGAUCAUGGAAUGUCCAGGUUGAAGGUUGAGGUUUUGGCCACCAUGAGGGCACAGACACCUGUGCCCAACCUCUUCCUGACCG